UUUUCGCGCAUGCGCACAAACACUUCCGCAGGGCAACUUUCUUUUUACUGAAACCGCUCUUCUUUCGCUUUAAUCAUAACAAACACAAAGCUAUGGUGCGUGCUUGUUGCGUUGUUCAGUGCACAAAUCGGGAUGACUCGAAAGGAAAGGAGAAAGGCCUCCAUUUUUUCAGAUUUCCCAAAGAUGUUCGAAAGCGUCGUGCCUGGAUUAGGGCAAUCAACAGAAAAAACUUUGCACCUAAUGAGUUUUCCUGCAUUUGUUCAGAGCAUUUUGAGUUUGGAUGGCAUAGUGAUGACCCAGAUGAUGCCAAUUAUGCCCCGACCAUCUUCUCUUACAAGGAAAAAACAGUUGAUCAUGAGAGAGAAGAGAGAGUAUCAAGAAGAAAUCUGCAGAAGGAAUUUGAAGAGUCUAAAGAAAGGGCUAGAGAGCAGGAGAAUAGGAGUUUGAGCUUUUCUAUGUUUGCCCAUUCUUACAGCAAAGAUAAGGAGGAAGAGAUGAUUUCUGAUCUUGCAGCACCCAUGACAGAGAUUGAAGAUGAUGUAGAGACAGGAGUCAGAUUGACUAGAGACAUAGGUGUACAGUGUGACCCAGAUCCUCUUUUACAGGAGAACAUGAGAUUAAAGUUGGAACUCAGACGGAUGCAGGACAACAAAUGGUCUGUUUCAAAGAUCAAAGAUGAUGAUGCCAUGACGAAGUUCUAUACAGGACUUCCAAGCUUUGCUGUGUUUUUGUGGCUGUUUAACUACCUGGCACCUAAAUGCGAGAAGAUGGUAUACUGGCGUGGAAGUUCAUCAACCCCUGAUGAGAGGACUAGAUCUAGGCGGUGCAUGGCUCUUGAUCCAAUCGACCAAUUCUUAGCAACCAUGAUGAGGCUGAAGGUCGGAUUGUAUGUCCAGGACAUGGCAGAGCGGUUUGGUGUGUCCGUGGGUGCAUUCUCUCAGUACUUCACCACCUGGGUUUGCCUACUCUACAAGGAACUUAAGGAGCUGAACCCCUUUCCAUCAAGGGAUGUUAUUCAGAGAAAUAUGCCGUCAUGUUUUAAAUCUUUCCCUAAUUUAAGAGUUAUACUUGAUUGUACUGAAAUCUUUAUUCAAAGAUCCAGCAGUUUGGUUAAUCAGAAUCAGUCAUUUUCAAAUUACAAGCAUCACACUACUUUAAAAUUUCUUGUUGGAAUCACUCCUUCUGGUGUGAUUUCAUUUGUUUCAGAGGGCUUUGGUGGAAGAGUUUCAGACCGACAGAUGAUUGAGCGCACCUGCCUAUUAGACCUCAUAGAAGAGGGCGAUGGGGUGAUGGCAGACAAGGGUUUUACCAUCAAAGACAUGUUAGAGAAAAAGGGAUGCACUCUUAAUAUUCCACCUUUUCGUUCUUCUUCUAAUCAGUUUACAACUCAAGAAGUUUUAAAUACUCAAGAAAUUGCUAAAUUAAGAAUUCAUGUGGAAAGAGCUAUUGGCCGCGUCAAAAAUUUUCAUAUAUUUGAUGGUGUUCUUUCUCUUUCUUUAGUGCCAUUAUCAUCACAGAUGUUUUCUGUUUGCUGUUGGAUAACAAACCUUGAUGUACCUUUGAUUGAAAGUUAGUUCUCAUCAGACAGGAUCAGAGCUUUCAUCGCCUUUUCCCUCGGAUCCUCUGUUGACUCUACCUCCACUUCAGAUUCAAACUCUGGGCUUUCAUCCGGAAUAUUCCACAAGUGACCCAUGCCUUUCAAAAGAAUUUAUUUAUUAAAUUUAUGUUAUGUUUUCAGAGGAGUUUUAGUUUAAUUUUUUUUUAAAUUGUCCAUCAUAUAAUGUGUCAGGGAAUUGAAAUUAUCUGUUGUUGUUAUAAAUGUAUUUUUCUUAAUUAUAUAGUAAAAAUUAAAUUUUAAACCAAGA